UCUUAGCAGGGAACUUGUUAGAAAUGCAAAUUCACAGCAGGGGGGUUUGAACAGAAGGAAAAGGUUAGAAACCCUGGAACAAGGGUUAGGAGUGGGGAUGGAAGGAGACGGAGGAGAAACCUCUGAGAAUACAGGGUGUAUGGAUUUCUGAAACUAUGCCGGCCACUGUAGCAACUCAAGUUGGAGUGGGGGUGGGGGUGGGGUGGGGGGUGGGGAGAAGAGAUCAGUGGCCGCCAAGACGGAGCCCUUCCCCCAGCUGCCUGAGCGGACCAGCCCCAGUGACAUCACAAUCCUGAGUGGUUGCCAAGGCACUGCUGGAGGUAAGCCUUCUCAUUUCUCCCCCCGGAGCUCUGGGAUGUGGAUGUGAGAAGGUGAGCAAGGAAGGCAGAUGGCGACAAGGAACAGUCCUAGCCCCAUGGGCGCAGCUCAGGGUGACCCAGGAGAGGCAGGAGCAUUGCCAGGCUAUGAUGCUGGCAUCCGAGACACAGGUUCAGCCGCCCAGCUUAAAGUGAAGCCCAAGAAGGUGCGUAAGGUCAAGGCGCUCAUCAUCGACCUGGGCUCCCAGUACUGUAAGUGUGGCUAUGGGGGCGAGCCGAGGCCCACCUACUUCAUCUCCUCCACGGUGGGCAAGCGCUGCCCCGAGGCAGCCCACGCGGGCGACUCCAGCAAGGAGACCUACGUAGGCCACGAGCUGCUCAACACGGAGGUGCCUCUCAAGCUGGUUAACCCCCUGAAGCACGGCAUCGUGGUCGACUGGGACUGCGUCCAGAACAUCUGGGAGUACAUCUUCCACACGGCCAUGAAGAUCCUCCCCGAGGAGCACGCUGUGCUGGUCUCCGACCCUCCGCUCAGCCCCAGCAGCAACCGGGAGAAGUAUGCGGAGCUCCUGUUCGAGACCUUCGGCAUCCCCGCCAUGCACGUGACAUCCCAGUCGCUCCUGUCCAUCUACUCCUACGGCAAGACCUCAGGGCUGGUGGUGGAGAGCGGGCACGGUGUCUCACACGUGGUGCCCAUCUCGGAGGGCGAAGUGCUGCCGGGCCUGACCAUGCGUGCCGACUAUGCCGGGAGCGACCUCACCAACUACCUGAUGCAGCUGCUCAACGAGGCGGGCCACAAGUUCACGGACGACCACCUGCACGUCCUCGAGCACAUCAAGAAGAAGUGCUGCUACGCUGCUCUCAUGCCCGAUCAGGAGCUUAGCCUGCCCCUGGAGGAGAUCCGGGUCGACUAUGAACUCCCGGACGGCAAGCUCAUCACCAUCGGCCAGGAGCGUUUCCGGUGCUCGGAGAUGCUCUUCAAGCCCUCCCUGAUGGGCUGCGGCCAGCCAGGCCUCCCUGCGCUCACCGCUGCUUGCCUGGGCCACUGCCAGGAGGCAGGCUUCAAGGAGGAGAUGGCCGCCAACGUGCUGCUGUGCGGGGGCUGCACCAUGCUAGAUGGCUUCCCUGAGCGCUUCCAGAGGGAGCUGAGCCUCCUCUGCCCUGGUGACAUCCUCGCUGUGGCUGCGGCUCCUGAGAGGAAGACCUCAGUGUGGACCGGUGGCUCCAUUCUGGCCUCCCUGCAGGCCUUCCAGCAGCUCUGGGUCAGCAAGGAAGAGUUCCAGGAGCGGGGCAGCGCCGCCAUCUACAAUAAGUGCUGA